AUGACUCAAGUGAUGUCUCCGGACAGCAGUUACGGGCGUUACGAUACGCCGACACCAACGGACAAUAUGAUGGGUUCAGUGCAUACGGAGAGGGAACCCGAACUGCAUAUAGUGACGUGGCCCGCUCAGCUGGCUCGCCGCGCGACUUUUACUUUUCUCUCGGCGCACGUUUCACCGAACGAGAACUCCGCGCUAGCGUGUUCCUUUCUUGCCGAACUACUGAGCGGUCACGGUUCGCCCGUGCGCCGCGCGCACACUUUCCCGCGCACUUUCCACCCGAUAGACGUAACCGACGCGCGGAUCGCGCUCAGAAAAAAGCGCGUUGCGUCACCGCCCGCGAAAUUGGUGCACGCGAUGAUGCCCCAAUGCACCGCUCGCGUCUGGCGCAUCGCUUUCUCCAUUGUGAGUCGGAGCGACGAGAGCGCGAGACUGGAGCGGGCCGUGGCUCUAAAAAAAAGAAAGCACCAUAGAAAGUCCGCCGAACGUCGACCCGCGGCGCGCGGACAGAAA